AUGCUCCUCGCCGCAAUCCUCAUUCUGGCCAUUAUGGCCGGCGCGGUUCCCGACCCCGCACUGAAGCAAGCGGCUAGCCCAGUCCCGAGAGCCGAAGCCUUUGGCCCUCCGCUCUGGAAGCGCACUGCCCGCCCGCCGACAUGGAAGCGCAAGCACCGCCGCCAGGUCGAGGCGAUGGGCGACAACAAUCCCUCCAGCAUGGGUGGUAACAACAACGUUCCCGGCACCCUCGACGACAUCCAGCCCGCCCAGGGCCAGCCUCUCGACAACCCCGCACAGCCCGCCGACCAGGCGCCUGAGAACCCCAUGCAGCCCGCCGACCAGGCGCCUAAGAACCCCAUGCAGCCGGCCCAGGGCGAGCCUCCCGAGGUCCCCGAGAACCCUCUUCCCAUGGACCCCGUGAGAGACGGCACGGUCGCCGAAGAGCCUCAGGAGGCUCAGGAGCCCGACGUCCACGACUCCCAGCCCUUCGGCCUCGGGCCCAUCGCCCCGCUCUUCGGCUGGUGA